AGGCUGAUGUCAAGCAUCAUUGCUCCAGCGUUUCUGGCUGUUCGUUUAUAGAAGGUGAUGUCAAAUGUGAUCCAGAAACACAUUCUUGUAUAUGUGGAGAAGGAACUAUUGAAGUAGCGACUAUCGAGAAAACAGUGUGCGCAAAGAUCACGUCAGUAGGCCUACCGUGUGACCAUCAUGAGCAAUGUAUAGCAUUCGACACUAACAGUAACUGUGUAGAGAAAACCGGAAGUUUGGAUCGAGUCUGUCACUGUCGUCAUGGUUACAAGAGUGAACAAUCAACUAUAGGCCAACCCAAGCAUUGUGUGGAAGAUCCGGUGGAACAAACAGAUCCCAUGAGCCUCCGUUUUGGGGAAGGAAGUAUUCUUCCCAUAGUCCUUAGCGUGUUGGCGGCUGUCCUGGUACUGUUUGCUUUAGCUUGCGGGAUUUUCCAUCUCUUCAAAUGGAGAAAGAAACGCGAUCAAAUACUGAGUAAUCCCGAGGCUGACGACUCAAAGGAAAUGACCGCCUUGAACACGAACGGAGGCGUUAUGCAAGGGUGGUCGUCCGAUAAUCCAAAUGAUAAGGGAGAAGCUGAGGCUACGGGCUUUGAGCCAGUCUACAUGAUGGGACUGUAGGAAUGUCUCCGCGUUCCUGCGAUUGAAAAUCGUGAAAAAUCCGCGAAAUUAAACCCUGUUUGUUAGCCAUGUUCAUUAAAAUAUACGUGCCCUUUUAGCUAUUGUUAAAUGUCAUUGCAUUUAUGUGUGUUCAAGUGAAGUGACCUUUUUAUAUCUGUAUGGUGUACCGAAUUUAGGGGCUCUCGCGUGCAUGCUUUUGAAAUUUUACACUAUACACGUGUCCGUUAAGAAUACAUGCACCAGAGAAACAUAGUAAGUAUGAUUAUAUGCUUUUGGCUACAAAACAGGUCUAUUAAAUAAAGUUUAAGAUUUUAGUGACAUUAUGUUAAAAAGACACAAAAGCUACUAUUACAGUCGAUAAUUGUAUCGUUAUUAUUACAAGUAAUAAUAUGUACUAUGUUCCAGUCACUAUUACGUAAAUUAAAAACUCUUAAAAGUAUUAUUAUUAUUUACAUUUAAUAUACUGAAACUCGAGUUAUUCUGUUAAUUCACCUGCCUGUUACUGUACAAAAAUUACGAUUAUUCGUCUCUACGUUUGCAAAAACCUCUUUUUCUUUUUUAGAAUAUUUAUUAUAUCUACUUCAAUGUUUCUGCAAAUGGCGAUUCGCAAAAGCAACUCGCAGUGGUGCAUGAUGGGAUUUGUCUAAACCCUCGUGUUCUAUCACUGACUGUGCCAAGGGGAUUUUAUAUUUUAAAUAUUAUACACAACAUCUCUUUUAAUAUAGUUUUAUUAGUUAAUUUUAUUUUGCAGAUUAUACUCUUACCACCCUCCAUGUUAGGCCUAUUUCUAGAGUUCUAAAAUUAGGCUUAGUUAACUUUGUAUGUGCGUGGAACUGUAUUGUACCUCAGGUGAAACAUUUAUAUAUAUAUAUUCAAGAAUCUUAUAUCUAAUAUCACACUUCAAGACUGAUAAUUACCUAUAUAUAACAAGGAAUUAUUACAUUGUUUCAAUACCCCAUAGGUCAGAUGAGAACUCUCGGGUGAAACAUAUUUUAUAAUUAUAACAAAAAAAAAAAAACAUUACGUGCCAAGUCUUAUUACGUGACGGGUUACAAGCCAGUUGAAUUGCAGGUUUUUGAGAUUUCAAAAAUAAACAAAAUUUUGAUCAUCCGCGCAGAAAAGUUGUUUUUGACAUUCCGCAUAAUUGCAUUCUCUGUAAGAUAAUUUUUUACCACUAGGUGUUAGUUAGUCUUAAGUAGUCAGUAGGUUAGCCCUUAUUUCAAUUUUCCAAGGCUUCAUAAGACAAGACAUUUGAUAGUUAACAUUGUCUUUGAUUAUACAGAAUGGCGUACUUAAUAUCAUAUUUGUACGUAAUGAUGUCUAGAAGAGAGAGAUUUUUACGUGAAAGUACCGUGGUAACAUGACUACCAGUACCACGUUAGUAAGUACAUUACUCAUUACAGAAUAAUGGGCCUUCAGUGAUUAGAGGGUUUUAACCUAAAAAUUAAACACAUAUACAAUUGUCUUUCCUUCGUUUGUUAUUAAUGAGAGCAGAGACACGUCUAUAAAAAUGUGUAACUCUAGUUAUCGCAAGUCCAGAUGUGGGUCGUUUUGGAGAAACUAGCUUAUCAGUAGUGUAAUCCUACUGCAGACUUUAUGAUAAAUAUACGAAACGUAAUAUAAUUUCCUGACGAUUUUUGGUUCUCGCAAAAACGUAAAACUAAGCUAGUUAAAACAUGUUUACCACGAAGAAAUAUGUUGAAAACGUAGUAUGUGAGAAACUAUAAUCUUCUUUUUUUUUAUCUCCUGUGCAAAUUCGUUUCCGAAUUUAUCAUUUUUAAUAUUCAAAGUAAUUUUCACGGGAGAAAAUACUCCAAGGAAUCACUGUAGCCGUUGAGCGACAGAAAGAAACGGAGAUUCAGAAGCUUACCGAUAGAGGGCAAGUGUGUAGGUGCAGACGAUAAUUCCUGAUAAAAGUUAUGAUAUUGAAAAUUGAUGAAAUGUUAAUUAAGUUUUGCGAAAUUUUUUGUUGUAUGCGUAAGAGACAGGAUGUAAGAUAUUGGUUUGACCUAAGUUUGGAAUGAUUUAUCAUUUAAAAAAAACCUUUACAGGGAAAUUUUAAAGAUGAAAUAAGUAUUUGUUAUAAUCUUUAUGAUUGGAUUAAGUUGUAAAAUGUAUCUACAAAUUUAAUUAAACCAAGAUUGAAACAUUUGAAAAUCCCAAUUGUUACUGUCAACUUUUUUGCGCUGAAGUAUUACAGGAUAAGAACAGUCACCUACGUACCUGUGAUCAAAUUUAAAAUUAAAUACUUGAGCGAGUUGUAAUAGUUGGAAGCGAACUUAAUUUCAAGACUUCCCGCAAAAUGAACCGAACUUCAUAAUAAUUAAGAAAAAUAAGCUGAAUGCGUUUAAUAAUUAUUUUUUUUUAUUUGUUGUUUAUUAUCAGCUUUGCGUUAUUUUAUUUUCUCAAUUAAAUUGAAAAUAAAUUGUAUUAUGGCCUUGGAAACUGAAGAGAUUAUUUGCUCUAUGUACGAUGCUGGUUCGAGAAUAAAUUUUGUCUACAGAAAAAAAAAA